UGUAGGGCUGGACCCAUGGGCUUUGAUGGUAGCAUCAGCCUGCCUGCUGGCACUGAGGCUCUGUCUGCAUCUCUCUCCACACAGGAUGCAGCGCUCAUAGCCGUGCUGCCCAACCUUAAGCUCUUUGUGGAAGAUCAGCUCCAGACCAGCAUGGUGCUGGGUGUCAUGAUUGGCGUUGGUGUUUCCAUGUUGCUCGUCGCCACCUUGAUCCUGGUGCUGGUCCGCAAGCGGCACCUCAAGAGUAAGCCUCCCCAGAGCCUGGCGCCAAGCGAGUUCUGGUGGCAGGGAUGGCGAGGGUGGGUGAUGGGGCCCCCUAAGGAGGGUGUUGCUGUGUUGCAGGACGGGAAGGAGACCCUGGUGAAGGAGGUGUUCCCCGGGGACAGCGUGCACAGCCUGCUCAGCAUUCUUGACGUCAUCACGGGGCACCAGCGGCCGUACCGGACUGUGUCUGCGCGGGCAGGUGAGGACUCCACAGUGCUGCGGCUGCCAGUCGAGGCCUUCUCUGCCGUCUUCGAGAAGUAUCCCGAGAGCCUGGUGUGGGUGGUGCAGAUCAUCAUGGUGCGUCUGCAGCGGGUCACCUUCCUGGCCCUCCACAACUACCUGGGGCUGACCAAUGAACUCUUCAGUCAUGAGAUGCAGCCUCUGCGGCUCUUCCCCCAGCCCAGCCAUGCCUCACGCACCAGCCCUGUCAGACACAGCAAGCGCGUCAUCAGCGUCUCCUCCAUCGACGACCACAAGGAGAGCUCUGGGAGGCAGCCAGAUGCCAGCACCAAGGACCUGGCUGAUCAGCUCAAGCUGGGGUCCCUGGAGCCCUCUGCAGUGCCACUGCUGAGCUGCUGCAUCUCCAUGCCAGUUGAUAUCUCAGGCCUCCAGAAGGGCCCCCGCUCAGACUUCGACAUGGCCUACGAGCGCGGCAGGAUCUCGGUGUCACUGCAGGAGGAGAGCACCGGCACCAUGGCCUCCUUCUCCCGGUCUGUCUCCCAGGAGCCCAAGGAGCGCAGGUCAGUGAUGGUGGAGGAGCAGCCACCCGGUACUUAUCACUUCAACUACUGCGAGGACGACUCAGCAGGCGGGGCCUGCCCCUUUGGGCCUUACCAGGGCCGCCAGACCAGCGCCAUCUUCGAGGCUGCCAAGCGGGAGCUGGUGAAGCUCAUGAAGAUCGAGGACCCCUCACUUCUCAACAACCGGGUGCUGCUGCACCACGCCAAGGCUGGGACAGUCAUCGCCCGCCAGGGGGACCAGGACGUCAGCCUUCACUUCGUGCUGUGGGGCUGCCUGCAUGUCUACCAGCGCAUGAUUGACAAGGCGGAGGAUGUGUGCCUCUUCCUGACGCAGCCCGGCGAGAUGGUGGGCCAGCUGGCUGUGUUGACUGGGGAGCCCCUCAUCUUCACCAUCAAGGCCAACCGUGACUGCACCUUCCUCAAGAUCUCCAAGUCGGACUUCUACGAGAUCAUGCGGGAACAGCCCAGUGUGGUGCUGAGUGUUGCCCAUACUGUGGCCGCCCGCAUGUCCCCAUUCGUGCGCCAGAUGGACUUUGCCAUCGACUGGAUGGCGGUGGAGGCUGGACGGGCCUUGUACAGGCAGGGCGACAAGUCCGACUGCACCUACAUCGUGCUGAAUGGGCGCCUGCGCUCUGUCAUCCAGAAAGGCAGUGGCAAGAAGGAGCUGGUCGGGGAGUACGGUCGUGGUGACCUCAUUGGAGUGGUGGAAGCCCUGACCAGGCAGCCCCGAGCCACCACCGUCCAUGCCGUGAGAGACACAGAGCUGGCCAAGCUGCCCGAGGGCACUCUGAACAACAUUAAGCGCAGAUACCCCCAGGUUGUGACCCGCCUGAUCCACUUGCUGAGCCAGAAGAUCCUUGGGAACCUACAGCAGCUGUGCGGGCCCUUCACAGGCUCCAGUCUUGGUGUGGCCUCUAGCUCAGAGCUAACCAACCCAGCCAGUAACCUGUCCACGGUGGCGGUGCUGCCAGUGUGUGACGAUGUGCCCAUGGCAGCCUUCACGCUGGAGCUGGAGCAUGCCCUCAACGCCAUAGGUCCCACCCUGCUUCUGACCAGUGACAUCAUCCGAGCACGACUUGGUGCCUCAGCACUGGACAGCAUCCAAGAGUACCGGCUGUCGGGCUGGCUGGCGCAGCAGGAGGACAUCCACCGCAUUGUGCUGUAUCAGACCGACUGCACGCUGACACCCUGGACUGUGCGCUGCAUCCGUCAAGCUGACUGCAUCCUCAUUGUUGGGCUGGGGGACCAGGAGCCAGCCCUAGGCAAGCUGGAGCAGAUGCUGGAGAACACAGCCGUGCGUGCCCUGAAGCAGCUGAUUCUGCUGCACCGGGAGGAUGGCCCCAGCCCCUCCCGUACUGUUGAGUGGCUCAACAUGCGCAGCUGGUGCUCAGGACACCUUCACAUCAAGUGCCCACGCCGUGUCUUCUCCCGCCGGAGCCCCAACAAGCUGAGGGAGAUGUAUGCGAAGGUCUUCGAGAAGGACGCUGACCGGCACAGCGACUUCUCCCGCCUGGCACGGGUCCUGACCGGCAACAGCAUUGCCCUGGUGCUGGGAGGAGGAGGGGCCAGGGGCUGCUCCCACAUUGGGGUGAUCAAGGCCAUGGAGGAAGCCGGGAUCCCCAUUGACCUGAUCGGGGGCACAUCCAUUGGCUCCUUCAUCGGGGCUCUCUAUGCUGAAGAGCGCAGUGCUGUGCGCACCAAGCAGCGUGCCCGUGAAUGGGCCAAGCCAGCAGGCAGUGUGUGGCGCUACGUCAGAGCCAGUGCAUCUUAUCCCCCAUACCUGCCUCCUCUCUGCGACCCCAAGGACAGCCACCUGCUUGUGGACGGCUGCUAUGUUAACAAUGUCCCAGGCUCGCUGUGGCGGUAUGUGCGAGCGAGCAUGACCCUUUCCGGGUACCUGCCGCCACUCUGUGACCCCAAGGAUGGCAACUUACUGAUGGACGGUGGCUACAUCAACAACCUGCCAGCGGACAUUGCCCGGAACAUGGGCGCCAAGACGGUGGUCGCCAUCGACGUGGGCAGCCAGGACGAGACUGACCUCUGCAACUAUGGCGACAGCCUCUCAGGCUGGUGGCUGCUGUGGAAACGCCUCAAUCCCUGGGCCCAGAAGGUUAAGGUGCCCGACAUGGCGGAGAUCCAGUCACGUCUGGCCUAUGUGCGGUCGUGUGUGCGCCAGCUGGAGGUGGUAAAGUCGAGCUCCUACUGUGAAUACAUUCACCCGCCCAUCGAUCGCUUCAAAACCAUGGACUCUGGCAAGUUCGACGAGAUCUACGACGUGGGCUACCAGCACGGCAAGGUGGUGUUCAGCGGCUGGAGCCGCGGCGACAUCAUUGAGAAGAUGGUGAAGGACCGGCGCUCGGCCGACUUCUACGAGAGCAAGCACAUGGAUGUGCUGACUUGCCCCAGCGCGGGGUUCACUGAUCUGGCCGAGAUUGUGUCUCGCAUCGAGCCGGCCAAGAGCUACCUGUCCGAUGGCUACGCUGAUGGUGAGGAAUCUGACUACCUGACGGAGUACGAGGAGGAAGGGCUGGACCCCGCGCGGGGAGAGGAGGAGCUGUUAGCACCGGCUGAGUGGACCCACACUGAGGAUGAGGAGAAGAGUCUGCGGCACCGCAACUCCCUGCCCCAGGAGUGAGCCCAGCCGCCUGCUCCCGGACUGAGACAGAUGGAGCCUGCAGGCCCAGGGCUGGCACUAGGAGACUGCAGCCUGCAUGUAGCUGGGGCACUGGAGCCCAUCCUGCGCUGGAGCCCCCAGCCUCCAUCUGCUGCUGGAGUCCUGAGGCCAGCCUGGUUCCACUCAGUGAAUGGCCAGGGUUCUGCCGGGGUCAGCAGCCCUUCUACAUCUCCCAGUGUGCAGUGAAGCCUGGCCCGGGCUCACCUGAGGGUGCAGUGGCGGCCACUGGGCCCAGCACCCUCCAUCAGCCAGUACUUGACCCAGGCCAGCGCUGCUGCAGGUCCAGGGCGGCCCACAGCUACCUACUGUAUCAGCUACACGCGGUUGCUGCUCACUCCAAGGCCCUGCAUUGCUCCAGGGACAGCAGGGCCCAGUCCAGCAGCCUCCGCUGGUAGGGGGUGGGGAUGAGGGCAGGAUGCUGUGGCAGGACUACCCCGGCCCCCUCCCCGCCACACACACGAGGCCCAUGGCCCUUCCUUGCUGCUCCCUUCACUUGCCCUCUGCCUGCCUCAUGGAGGGCCACGGGGUGAAGCUGGCAGCCAGGGCCCUACACCCUUCCUCCAUGGCCCUAUGCCUGCACGCUCCUUGCUGGGUGCCAGGGCUCAGCUCCCGGCCAGGUGCUGCUGCAUGACCCACUCAGGUGAGGGGGGGGUUCCCAAGAGGAGGUGCC